UCUCGUGCUGGACGGGGAGGUGGAGGGGCGUGCUGAGCGCGAUCGUGGCCCGUAAGAGCUGUGUAAGUGGAAAGACUGCAGGCGAAGAGCUGCUGUGGGCCGUGGUAUAUUGGACGGAGAUAACUGAGGUUUUCGACGGGAGAGAUAUACGCAGUAUCGGUGCUGAGUGCUUUGACAAGCUAUCGUUGUGCUGUGAUUCCGCAAUCUCAGCCUAUGAACUUACAUCUUCAUAUCUUAUCGUUUCAAGCGUUUUUUCACGCUGACCUGGCUUAAAAUCGUGGCAAAGCUGAGAAACACUUCAGUGGCUGGUAGUUGUCAGUGGAAGGCUCUUGAGUAGGGUCCCCAAGCAUCGAAGAUGCCCAAAGGUGUGGAAAUGAAUCAGUUAGAUCCAGAUGUUGGAGCGAGCAGAUUUCAAGUUGCCAGAGCAAGUGUUGAUUUCCGGGAGCCUCCCACGGAAGGCGGCCUCUCACCAGACUACCAGCCAGGCAGCAACUCCAACUCUCAGGGACGUCCCUCAGUAGCAAAUUAUGAAACCAAGUAUUUGCGAAGUUUGCGACACUACUUGACCCGAGAUGCCCUACCUCGGGAGACCCAUUACAGGAACCUUGGGUCAAUAGCUGAAGGUCAACUGAGACCUACCAUCGAUGAACUACGGGACCAGAACUAUGUCAAGGACAUCGGCGAUGUGGAAGCCAAGCCGGAGUCGGCUCAAAAGGGAAAAGCCAUCAAAUUCGGCUGGAUCGAGGGCGUAUAUAUGCGAUGUCUGCUGAAUAUUUGGGGCGUGAUGCUGUUCCUGCGCCUGACCUGGGUGGUGGGUCAGGCCGGCCUGGUGGAAGCCCUGCUGCUGAUCACAGCUGCCAAUUUGGUCACCGUCAUCACAACGAUAUCCAUGUCGGCUGUGGCCACGAAUGGGCAGAUCAAAGGAGGUGGCAUUUACUACAUGAUAUCACGGUCGCUGGGCCCCGAGUUCGGCGCCUCCAUCGGCCUCCUGUUCACCGUCUCCAACUCGGUGGCCGUGGCCAUGUACGUGGUCGGCUUCUGCUCCUCCUUCAGUGACAUGCUCAAGGAGUACGCGGACGGGUACGUGAUCGUCGACGGCGGCGUGAACGACGCUCGCAUCAUCGGCUCCGCCGCCAUGGUCCUGAUCCUGCUGUUGGCCAUCGUCGGCAUGGACUGGGUCACGCGGGUCCAGCUGCUGCUGCUGUUCCUGCUGAUCGCCUCGCAGGUGGACUUCGUGGUGGGCUGCUUCAUGGGGCCGCAGUCGGACACGGAGCGCGCGCAGGGCUUCGUCGGACUGAGCAUGGAUCUCCUGAAGGAGAAUUCUUGGAACGACUACCGGCCGUUCGGCGGCCAAGACUACGACUUCUUCGGCGUGUUCGGCGUGUUCUUCCCGGCCGUGACCGGCAUUGUGGCCGGUGCCAACCUCUCCGGAGAUCUCAAGGACCCGGCCGACGCCAUACCCAAGGGUACGCUGCUGGCCAUCUUCACCACCUUCAUCACGUACGUGGCUUACCCGAUCAUGAUCGCAGCCAGCGCUCACCGCUACGCGUCAGGCAACGUGCUCGAGCUGAACAUCACCAACCCGAACGGCACCGUUGACCCCAACACCAACGCCACGCUCUACCCGGUGUUCGACUGCAGCAUGCGGAUGGGCGAUGGCGCCGACGACUGCAAAUACGGCACGCAGAUUAGCAGCCAGGUGAUGGCGCUGGUGUCGGCCUGGGCGCCGCUCAUCUACGCCGGAUGUUUCGCCGCCACCCUGUCGUCGGCCAUCGCGUCGCUGGUCGGAGCACCGCGCGUGCUGCAGGCUCUGGCCAAGGACAAGCUGUACCCGUACAUCUACUACUUCGCCAAGGGCUACGGCGGCAACAAUGACCCGUUCCGGGGCUAUGUGAUUGUGUUCAUCGUGGCGGAGGCUUGCGUGCUUAUUGGCGAGCUGAACCCCAUCGCCAACCUCAGCUCGGAGGUGUUCCUGGCCGCCUACGCGCUCAUCAACCUCUCCUGCUUCCACGCGUCGCUGCUCAAAAGUCCCGGCUGGCGGCCGGUGUUCAAGUUCUACAACGCCUGGGUCAGCCUGCUUGGCGCCAUCACCUGCAUGGUGGUGAUGUUCCUCUGCGACACCGUCGUCGGCACCAUCGUGCUCGUCAUCACCCUGCUGCUGUAUAUCUUCGUGUCGUACCGCAAACUCGACGUCAACUGGGGCUCGACCACGCAGGCGCAGACGUACGUGACGGCGCUCGGCUUCAUGCAGCGGCUCAACCAGGUGCGCGACCACGUGAAGAACUACCGGCCGCAGGUGCUGGUGCUGACGGGCAUGCCCAGCAGCCGGCCGCCGCUGGUCGACUUCGCCAACGCGCUCACCAAGAACCUGUCGCUGCUCAUCUGCGGUCACGUCAUCAAGGGUCCGACGUCGCCGCGCACCAAGAGCGCCAUUCAGAUGCAGGCGAACGCGUGGCUGAUGCGGCACAAGGUGCGCGCCUUCUACAGCCUGGUGGAGGACGGCACGUUCGAGCACGGCGCCGUGGCGCUGAUGCAGCUGGCCGGCCUGGGCAACCUCAAGCCCAACAUGACCCUCAUGGGCUACAAGAACGACUGGCGCAAGUGCGACCGCGAGGAACUGCAUCAGUACUUCCUCUGCAUCAACGAGGCGCUCGAUAACUACCUGUCGGUGGCGAUACUGCGUGUGAAGAACGGCAUGGACUACAGCGCCCUGACUGACGAGGACUCGUUCUCGACGAUGCACAAAUCGGCCACGAGCGAGUCGCUGAAGAGGAACCAGUCGGCGGGGCAACUGAGCCAAGACGGCAACGGCAGCGAGGAGAGCUCGCCCAACACGCCGCAGCUGGGCCGCUCGGCCGUCUCCGACGAGCCGCGGCCCGACGCGGCCGUCACCGGUAACGGCAAGAAGAAGAACAAGGAGGAGCCCUACCUGAGCCCGUCCGGCGAGCCGCUGCCGCCCCACGUGGUCGACGGCCUCACCCAGUUCCGGCGCAAGCAAAAGGCUUUCAUCGACGUCUGGUGGCUGUACGACGACGGCGGCCUGACGCUGCUGCUGCCGUACAUCCUGACGUCGCGCUCGCAGUGGUCCGAGUGCAAGCUGCGCGUAUUCGCGCUGGCCAACAAGCGCGAGGAGCUGGAUAUGGAGAAGAGGAGCAUGGCCGCGCUCCUGUCCAAGUUCCGAAUCGACUACAGCGACGUCAUCGUCAUAGACGACGUGACCAAGAAGGCGCAGGAUAGCACGAGGACCGCCUUCGAUGAAAUGUUGGCCGAUUUCAAGAAGGAUGACGAAGACGGCAUUCCAGAGGAGUACAGCGUCACGUCCAGCGAGCUGCUGGCCAACAAAGACAAGACGAACCGGCACUUGCGCCUGCACGAGCUGGUGCAGGAGCACAGCAAGGAGUCGUCCCUGGUCGUCAUGACCCUGCCAAUGACCAGGAAAGGCACCGUCCACGCCCCGCUCUACAUGGCGUGGUUGGAGAUGAUGACGAAAGACAUGCCGCCCUUCCUGAUGAUCCGGGGGAACCAGACGUCGGUGCUGACCUUCUACUCGUAGGCGCGACGCCGGCCGCGCGGCGCGCCCGGUGGCGGGCCCGCGGCGUCCAGGGACCAGCGGACUGCGUGUGGAGCGUGUGCGGCCCGGCGGUGGCUGGGUGGGUGAAGGCGCGGCGACGCGGCGGCGGCGGCGCUCCGUGGCGGCCGACGGUGGCCGCGCCGAGGACCUCAGGAGCACACCCGGCCCCGGAGCGGCCGUGGGGGUCAUUUCUUUGCUCAAAUUGGACACCGUGUGCCUUCGGAGUGCGCGAGUAUUUCACCAUGACAUCGAACUGCCCGGUACUUGUGAGCUGUAUCAUGAUUUAUGCGAGGUUUCCUAUGAUCUAUUUAGAAGUAUUGUCAAGAAUAUCUUGUAAAUGGUUUUCACUCGUGUGUGUGCCAGUGAUGGAAUCUUGUCAUAUUUGCGUGAACUCUAAGUUUAUUUUUCGUGUGUCGCAUUUUGUGCCAUAUUUUAACAAGUAUUGGGUUAAAUUAUUUGGAAGUGAUCAUGGGUUGAUUGCUGGUGUCCGUUGUCUUCCAAUCGCCCCCCAAAAUGAGUACCUGUAGCAGCGAAAUGCCGGACACAAUACAAAAGUUUUACCAA